AUGAAACAAGAGUAUGAAGUAAAUAAUUCUAAUGAUUUAUCAGAUUUAAGAUUGAAAUUUAAUUGGGAUUUAGAAGCUAGAAAAGAUGUAUUGCAAUCUUUAUAUAAUUCAUUAGAUUCAUCCAUAUCAAUGUAUGAAUUAAGACAAAAAGAUAUAUACAAGGAAAAAGUAGAUAAUAACGAAUUAAAAUAUAUUAAAAAGAAAAAAAAAGAUAUAAGGAAAGCCAAUAUAAGUUCACUUGGUUUUAUUGACUUAUUUGCAGAAGAGAAUAUGGCAUCAGUUAUAUUUGAUCAUAUAAUAUCAACUAUAAUUAUAUCACCUUCUAUAAAUACGAGACUAGAAGCAUUGACAAUUCUAGAAGAAAACUGUUUAUAUAUACUUGGUAAUCCAGAUAACAUGAAAUUAGACUAUAGAUAUUGGUAUCGAUAUAAUUGUACUUUUAGAGUAUUAAAUGAUAUAAUAUGUGUAAAUCUCAGAGAUUUAGCUAAAGUAUGCUUGGGAUUAUAUGAAGCUAGUACAGAACUUGCAGGGAAUAAUUCAGUAAAUGAAGAGAAUUUAUAUAAAGCUUUAAAGUCAAAAUUUUAUAUGCGCUCUACUGUAACAUUUCAAUCUCAAGCACUUGUAACAUUAACUUGUAUUAUAAUUAGAUGUAAUAUAUACUCAGUACUUCCUUAUUGGUUCUCAAGAUUAAUUGUUAAUUUAUUUCUUAUUACUAAGGGUAGUAUUUUAUCUAUGAGAUAUAAAAUAUCUCAACUAAAACUCAGAAAUAUUCAAGGUAUGAAUAUUUUAAAGUUAUAUGCAAUGGAAUGUCUACUAGAGUUAAAUAGAACAUAUCCUGGUUUACUUAAACCUCUUUUGAAUGACAAAAUUUUAGAAGAUUAUACUUUAAAUAAAACUGAACUAAUAAAUAGGACGACAAACUUAAGUAAUACUACAGGCUACUCAGAUACGACACUAAAUAACACAAAAAAUAUAACAGAUAAUUCAAAUAAAAUGUAUAUACAAAGUAUUGAAAAUUCUAAUAUUUCAGAUAAUAAUUUUGAAGACUACAAUAAUAAAGAAGAAAAUUAUUUUAUAAAUCAGCAAGAUGACAAGAUGAGUAAUGAAGAUUUAAGUAAAAUAGACUUUAAAAGUGAUGAAUUGCUUUUAUCUUUUUUAAGUGAAAAUAUUAAUCCAAUAAUAUGGCCUGAUUGUAUUGAAAAUACAAAUAACUCAAAAAUACAAAAUAAUACUAGCAAUAUCAUAUUUUCAAAUGAUUUGUCUAUAGAGUUAAUAUCAUCAAUAGCAUUGAAUAUUGUUUCUAAUUUAGAAAAUCCUUUAUCAAAAUAUACGAAAAAGUUUUUAACACAUCUUAUGUCUUAUAUAAUAGAUAAUCUAAAAAUAUCGUCAUGCUGGAAUACCCAGAUAUUAAUUCAAUCCUUAAAUAGAAUUGUAUCGAUUUUAUCAAUUCCCAGUAAUAUUUUGGAAUCUGCAAUGAUACCACUCAAAUAUUCUUUUAGAUUACAUGUAAUAUUUGAAGCUAUUGAAUCUGAACAUACAUCUUUUAAAAAAUCUAAACUAUCUUUAUCUUUAUAUACUGAUGCAAUUCAUAGAGUUAUUAGUAUCAUUAAUAAUUUUCAGUUAUCUAUUCCAAUUAGAUUAUAUUGUACAAUAUGGCUUCAAUCAUUGUUUAAUGAUUUAUUAGAAAAAUUAAUAAGGAAUUAUCAAAAUACCAAUUCAUUAAUUUCAGAUGACUUGGUGGAUAUUAAAGAUUCGACUAAAAUACUUUUAGAUACAAUGUUAAUACCAAGUUGGUAUGAUCCUACAGCAUUAAAAUACAAUAAGACAUGUCUAUGGUUAUAUUUGACAUAUUAUUUAAAUCAUAUUAAUGAAUUUAAGCAAUCAAUUACAAAUGUAUAUAAUUUAUUAUCCUCAAUGACAGAGUUAAUGUUGUUAAAAUCACCUAUUGGAUCUCAUUGUGCUUAUCUGAAAAUUCUGUACAGAAUAGCUGCAACAUUUGGGAUGGAUGAAGAAUUUAUUAAGACUCUUUUUAAUUAUACUUGUCAUAAUAUUAAUCAUUUAACAGAAGUUAAGAUUCCUUAUUUAACCCAAUGGCAUAUUCCAAAUACGAUCCAACUAAUCAGUUUUAUUGUUAAUGAUAUCCAACAAUCUAAGUAUAGAGUAUAUCUAGAUAAAUUUAUUGAAUAUGUACUGGAUUAUGUUAAGACUUUAACCGAUCCAAAUGAUAUUGAAGUCUUUCUUUUAUUUUUGGUAUAUUUAUCUUUUGAAAGGAAGAAUUUAAAAUUAAACCAUAAUUUACUUUUAUUACCAUCAAAUAGUAUUCUUAUUGAUAUUCUGGAGUAUAUAAUAACUGUUUGUUUUGUGAAUACAAAUGAUACAGUUACAAGGUGGAUAACAGGAAAUAAGAUAAUCUCAACUUUGUUAGUUAUUAUAUCAAAUGAAGAAUCUAGCUAUUAUAAAAAUGAGUAUUUUAGUAAGAUAUCCAAUUGCCUUAAGGAAUACUUAGAUAUUUUUGAUGUUGAACUCAGUAAUUUCCUUAAUUAUAUGGAAAUUUUAAUUGGUAACUGUUCCAAUGAUAUUAUAAUUAAAAUAUUUCAGCUUGAUGGAUCUUCAAAUACAUAUGAUCAGAUAACCAAUUAUGAAAUAUUUGAAGAUAACCUAAAUUCUGAAGAUAAUACACUGGUUAAUGAUAUUUAUUACAGUUCAAUAGUCAAUUUUCAUUUAAUAAAACAUUUCAGAAGUGAGUUUUUAAAUAUUGAUGAUAAUGGAACUGCUAUUUUUUUUUAUAAGAAAAGUAAAUCAAGUUAUAAGAAUAAUUCCAUUAUUUUCCCAUUUAUAUUAAGUUUAAAGGAUUCCAUCAUUUUACAAGAUAUAGAAAAUAAAAAUUCUGAAACUUGCCUUUAUGCUAUUGAGAUCCAUUUUGAUUAUUCCGAUAAUUUAUAUCAAAUAAGUCCUGUUAUAGUACCUUUUUUAAAACCUUGUUCAAUUCCUACUGAUAUUGAGGAAUCUAUUAAAUUAAAAAGUAAGGAUAUUAUAUGUCAUUUAAAUGGUGAUAAUAGAAAUGAAAAUAAUGAGUUGAGUACUACUUAUAGAGAAAAUAAUGGUAUUAUAUAUAUAGAUAGCUGUAAUGUAAUCGUACUAUUAGAUGUCUACAUUAAAUUCCCAAAACCAUCUAAAAUCGGUGUUUCUAUGGAAUUUAGUGAUGUAUAUGGAAAAAUUUUAAAAAGAGACCUUGAAGAUUUUGAAAUUGAACUUCAGGAUUUAUUUUUACCUUCUCCUACAGAGAACUGGAAUAAUACAGUAUAUUCAUACAUAUACAGACAUUACAAACAAAAUAAAGAGAAUCAAAAUAAGAUUUUGGAUAAAAAAAUUGAUUAUAAUAACUUAGAAUAUCCUUCUGGAAAUGUUGUAACGUGUAAUAAAGUUCUUGAUAUAAACAGUGAAAAUAUAUAUUGUCAAAUUAAUAAAUGUCUAAUUCCAUACAAUGUUGCACAUGAAUCAAUAGUUGAACUGAUUAAUGGGGAAUUCAAUAUUGAAGAAAGUUUUGAUUUUCACCAUGAUAUAUUAAUUUCUGAAAAAUAUAAUAUAGGGAACUAUUGUCAACAUAAUUAUAGGGAUAAUGACAUUUUGAUGCAUGUUGAUUACAAGUGGUUUUGCAUAUAUUUACUCCCUAAUUUCCAUAUAAUUCUUCAAUUUUCAAUUACUUUGAAUACUACUAUUAUUCAUUUCUAUACAGAUUAUCCAGAUAUUUUACUUUAUAUGGAUAUAUUAUUUGAUAAAUGGUUAAAUUCGUAA